AUGAAAGAUAAUGAUACUUUUGUUCCCAGUCGUUUGCAGCUACCAAGUGCAGAGGGAACUGAGGAUUUUCAGGCAUUUUUUGCAAAUCCACUUGCAAAUGCAGCUCCAAGACCUACUGCACCUCAACAGGAGCCUUUACCUGCUCCACAACAGGGAGUGUCUCCAGCUACCGCUGGCAUUGUACCAACCGCCGGUGUACCUACAGUGACCCCGUCACCUCAGAAUACGGUCCAAGGACCAUUGCCAAUGCAGAAUGCGUUUGGGUGGUUGUCUGGCCUACAAGCAACUAAUUUGUUGCACCAGUUCACUGGCACUCCAGCACAACAAUCGUCCCAUCUUACAGGCGUCCAACAGCAGGUCCCGCAGUCUCCGUUUCUGACUGGAGGGCAUGGUGGGUUUUCAUUUCCAGCAGUGUCGCCAACUACUCCUGCGGCGACUACUGCUGCUACAACAGCCCAUGGCUUUCCAACUGCGGACUCGGCAGCAGGUCCCGCCGGUUUUGCACCACAAAUGAAUCCUUGGGCAGCUACCUUGGCUUCUCUGGGUGCCUUGCAAGCAGCGGAUGGAUCAUAUUCACCAUUCAAAAUGAACGUUCCAAGAUAUGCUCCAGCACAUUGGGCGACCAUUAAGUCUGAAACUACAAGGACGAUGUGUCCUCCUGCAUAUCUACAAGCUGCAUUGUUGCUGGCAAAACCCUUCAGUGACGGUGCUUGGUUGGUUUUCUCCGAAGGCAAUACUGAAUCUGCAUCCUCAUGGAUGCAAAUUGUGGACCGUCGACCUUUGGGAAUUAUGCUUUCCCCACAUGAUCAGGGUUCCAAUAAAGGUGGUACUGCUACUGAUAGUGUUAAUUUUCUGCACCAAGCCAUUGAUUUCCGAGCGAAGGCAGACAAUGCUUUCAGAUUGGUUUGUCUUCCUGAAAGGGUUGCAUCUCGGGUGAUUACGGCGGCAAUGCAGAAGCUGAUCUAUCAUGUCUCGAGUUGGAACAUUGAAAGGGGCCGGGAACGGCCGGGAACGGUGGUCAGAGUGGUCGGCGAAAUGUUUGGGGAGAGACUGGAAAAGGAAUCUGAGGGUUGCGGAAUUACAAAAAAUUGGACAUUCGAAAAAAACGUCCGAUUCAACUCUCCAGAUGAAUAA